AUGCCCGAAGACGAUGAUGGUUAUCUGACGGCCGAUGAGUGGUGGGAGCUCAAUUGCUCGAUAAUUCCCCCAGAAUUCAAUCGAUUGAUGCUCGUCGGGGUAAUCGGCGCGCUUAUCGCUUCGAUUUCGGUAUGCUUCAACACAUUCCUAUUUAUUGUUCUUCUAAGAAAUCCACGUCAUCGACAUUCCCAUCUAAUUUAUUUGAUGUUUCUUGCGUUGGCCGACAUUUUUCUAUCAGCGGCUUAUAUUCUCCUAUUCCCAAUCAAUAUAUACAUGGAUUAUUUCAAUUCGGAAUUGCUUGCCAGCGCCUGGUGGUCCUACAUGAGAAUUACUAUCACAAUUUCCCACGUUUUCAUAUCAAUGUCUGCACUUUUGAUUUGCGCCGCCGCGUUUGAAAGAUAUGUGAUGAUCUCAAAAAUAACUUGCCAGUUUGCUAGGCAUCAUCGUCUAAUCAUCUGCCUUAUCUGCUUGAUAGUCGCCACUGUUUCCAAAGGUCCCAUGUAUUUUGAAGUUGAGGUGGUGCCGAAUCACAAUUGCACUGGUGUCACUAGUCUAACCGCUAUUCCAUCCGAAUUUUCCGAAUCGGAGCCUUACAAAACCGCCUAUAAAUACUGGUUCCGCAAUUUGAUCAGCAUCGUCCUGCCAUUUGUGAUAUGCUUCUAUUUGAAUUUCGCUAUAAUGCAUCGCCUUCGAAUUCAACACCUUGGCGCGAAAUUGUUCCGAUUCGCAACGUCAGAGCAUCGGAAAAAUAUUCGGGCAGCCACAUUGAUGCUGGUGGCGGUGACUUGCACAUACCUCGCAUCGAAUCUUCUAAACGUCGUCGUCUAUACUUGGGAGCUGAUUGAUAAGGAUUCGCUGCUUUCUGCCAACAUUCGACCCCUCUACACAUUGUCGUCGGACCUUGUCUCGUUGUUCACCGUGUGUGCGAGCGCUUGCCGCCUUCCAAUAUAUCUUGCUUGCAACAAUCGUAUACGCUGUGAGGUGUUGGAUUACGUGGACACUUGCGUUCUCACUCACUUUAAUAUCAAACCGUACAAGAACGUCGCCAACAAUCGGUGUCGCGCAACAACCGUCCGCUAUUGCGACACUGGCAGCGGCUAUAUGAUAUACGACGCGCCUAAUAAACGAGGUGAAGCUCGGAUACGAUCGAUCGGCACCGGAUUGGAUCGCGUUGUGCUCUCAGUGGCCAUCGGGAAUUGCAAAGGCGCUCCAGGGUCGAAAUCGCAACGAGCUCAAGUCACCAGUUUUCUCGAGGUCGACGAAUAA